AUGGCCAACAACAUCGAAUCAACCUCACGGGAUACCCUCCCUCCAACCUCAACCAUGGCAGAAAAGGAAAAACACGAGGACUUACCUCAACCUCCCAACGAUAGUCUGGAUUUGAGUGUCCCGGAUGACCCAGAUAUGCCAUUGAAUUGGCCAAAGUCGAAAAGAUGGAUCAAUAUCAUGAUAGUAUCUAUUCUGACACUCUUAACCCCUUUUGCAUCGUCCAUGAUCGCACCAGCAAUCCAACCCAUCAUGGAUGAAAUGCACGAAACGAAUCCCAACAUAGGUUCAUUCAUGGUAUCAAUCUACCUCCUAGGCUACGCCUUCGGUCCUCUCUUCCUCGCCCCGCUAAGCGAGAUCUACGGACGACUCCCCGUAUACCGCAUCUGCAUGAUCGUCUUCCUCCUUACAAACAUCGCAUGCGCUCUGUCCAUCAACAUGCCUAUGCUUAUAAUCUUCCGUCUCCUGACGGGACUGGCCGGCGCGUGUCCGUUGACUAUUGGACCUGCGAGCGUUGCAGACUGUUUCUCUCAGGAGGAGCGCGGUCGCGCGAUGGCUAUUUGGAAUAUGCCUGUGUUGCUGGGUCCGAGUCUCGGGCCUGCUACUGGGGCUGUGCUUGUUAUCUGCGCCUUCGUCCAAAAAGAGACUCACGCUCCAACCCUUCAGAGAAAGAAACUCAGGAAAUUGCAAAAGGAGCGUGACACCGAAGACUUUCCAGUCGCAACGCCGCACAGCCAACUCAUCAAGAGAAGCCUGGCCCGCCCAUUGAAGAUGCUUUUCUUCUCGCCAAUUAUCUUCGGCCUCUCAUUCCUGACCGCAAUCGCCUACGGAACUCUAUACCUUUUAUUCACGACGGUCUCCGAAACCUUCAAAACGAAAUAUGGCAUAGUCACCAACGUCGGUCUUAUCUAUCUCGGCUUCGGAUGCGGUCAGAUUGUCGGACUUAUACUCUUCGGCAUGGUCUCAGAUCCAAUCCUGAGAAGAAUGGCCCGAGGCGGCGAACUCAAACCCGAGUACCGUCUCCCCCUCAUGAUACCGUGCAGUGCGAUAAUUCCAAUCGGGCUUUUGGUAUAUGGAUGGACAACAGAGUAUGGAGUCUUUUGGUUUGUGCCUGUCAUUGGCACGUUUAUGAUUGGGUUUGGGAUGAUCACAGUGUUUACUUCUGUGAGCACUUAUUUGGUAGACGCUUUCCCGACUUAUGCUGCUAGUGCUACUGCGGCGAACACUGUACUUAGAAGUAUUGGAGGUGCGCUUUUGCCUCUCGCUGGUCCAAAGAUGUUUGAUGCCAUCGGCCAGGGAUGGGGGAAUACAUUGCUUGCGGGUGUAUCGUUGGCUAUGAUCAGCAUGAUUGUUAUAUCUUAUAGAUAUGGGGAGCGCCUAAGAAUCGGGGCAAAGUAUCAGCUAGACUAA